CAGAAUACCAACUAGAACCAGCCAGCAUUUCAGCUCAUUUUCUGGCUGAAGUUUACUGGGAGGUAAUUCUUGUACUUAUUAUUAGGUACUUUUUUUAACCGUGUGCAUUGUCUCAUGACAAAACGACAGUAAAUUAAUUAACGAGUGUUUUCUUUAAUGAACGAGCAAUUUGAGAUUGUUUUACGAUUGAACAUUUGAGUUUCAUGGAGCUUGUGAACGGACUUUCCACCCCAAUUACGGCGGAGGAGGAAGCUACCGAAGGAACCUGCGGUACUGAUCACCGUGUGGCAACGAUUUCAUCAAAUGGCACUGAUGCUAACAGCGGUUUCUCAAUACUGUCGGAAUCACAGUGGGAGCUUAGGGAUCAGAUGGACAUGUCUUCAAAGCAACGGAAGCAAACCAACAGUGAGAUAUGUGGACAAGCAUCCCUUCAGAAUUGUCCCCUGGGGCGAGCUGUGUUAACCGACACUGGCAAGCGGCCGUACAAAUGUGAUACGUGCGACAAAUCAUUUAAUAAGGAGAGUGUUUUGAACAGACACAGAAAGAUUCACAGUAAUGAACGACCGCAUAAGUGCGAGUUAUGUGACAAUGAAUUCGUUCAAAAGCAGCACCUAAAGCGUCAUAUGGUAAGUCACGCUGGCGAGCGGGCGCACAAAUGCGAGAUAUGUGGCAAAGGAUUCGUCGAGAAGCGGUAUAUGAAACAACAUAUGGUAACUCACAUUGGCGAGCGACCGUAUAAAUGUGAUAUAUGUGACAAAUCAUUUAAACGUCAGAGUGCGCUAAUUUUACACACAAAGAAUCACAAUAAUGAGCAACCGAGUAAAUGUGAGAUAUGUGGCAAAGGAUUCGUUCGGAAGUCUUAUAUGGAGCAACAUGUGUUAACUCACACUGGCGAGCAGCUGCACAAAUGCGAGAUAUGUGGCAAAGGAUUCGUCGAGAAGCGGUAUAUGAAACAACAUAUGGUAACUCACAUUGGCGAGCGACCGUAUAAAUGUGAUAUAUGUGACAAAUCAUUUAAACGUCAGAGUGCGCUAACUUUACACACAAAGAAUCACAAUAAUGAGCAACCGAGUAAAUGUGAGAUAUGUGGCAAAGGAUUCGUUCGGAAGUCUUAUAUGGAGCAACAUGUGUUAACUCACACAGGCGAGCAGCCGCACAAAUGCGAGAUAUGUGGCAAAGGAUUUGUUCAGAAGUCCUUAAUAAAAAUACAUAUGGUAACUCACACUGGCGAGCGACCGUAUAAAUGUGAUAUAUGUGACAAAUCAUUUAAACAUCAGAGUUCGCUUAUUUCGCACACAAGGAAUCACAGUAAUGAACAACCGUAUAAUUGUGAGAUAUGUGGUAGAGGAUUCAUUAAGAAGUCGUUAAUGAAAAACCAUAUGAUAACUCACACUGGCGAGCGGCCGCACAAAUGCGAGAUAUGUGGCAAAGGAUUCGUCGAGAAGCGGUAUAUGAAACAACAUAUGGUAACUCACACUGGCGAGCGACCGUAUAAAUGUGAUAUAUGUGACAAAUCAUUUAAACAUCAGAGUGCGCUUAUUUCACACACAAGUUAUCACAGUAAUGAACAACCGUAUAAUUGUGAGAUAUGUGGUAGAGGAUUCAUUCAGAAGUCGUUAAUGAAAAACCAUAUGAUAACUCACACUGGCGAGCGGCCGCACAAAUGCGAGAUAUGUGGCAAAGGAUUCGUCGAGAAGCGGUAUAUGAAACAACAUAUGGUAACUCACAUUGGCGAGCGACCGUAUAAAUGUGCUAUAUGUGACAAAUCAUUUAAACAUCAGAGAGCGCUAAUUUGGCACACAAGGAAUCACAGUGAUGAACAACCGUAUAAUUGUGAGAUAUGUGGUAAAGGAUUUAUUCAGAAGUCGUUAAUGAAAAACCAUAUGAUAACUCACACUGGCGAGCGGCCGCACAAAUGCGAGAUAUGUGGCAAAGGAUUCGUUGAGAAGUCUCAUAAGAAACAACACAUGAUGACUCACACUAGCGAGCGACCGUAUAAAUGUGAUAUAUGUGAAAAAUCAUUUAACCGCCAGAGUAUCUUAAUUUCGCAUAUACAUAUACAUAGUAAUGAACGGUCGCAUAAGUGCGAGGUAUGUGGCAAAGAAUUUCUUCAGAAGCAUAACCUGAAGAAACAUGUGCUAAGCCACACUGGCGAGCGGCCGUAAAAAUGUGAUAUAUGUGGUAAAUCAUUUAGGCGAAGGAGUUCUUUGAACAGAUACAGAAAUGUUUACAGUAACGGAUAUGUAGCAAAUCGUAUACGAAAAUAAUGGAUUGAAUUUAAUAAUAAAAAUAUUGGCCGGAGACAAGUUUGUUAACUGUUUCAACAACGAAAAUAUUGCUCCUUUAUUAGUAAUUAUUUUAGUGAAAUUAACAGAGAAAACAAAAUAAAAAAUGUUUUGAACUACGGCUUUUUCAAUAAAUGGGUUUAAGUUCAAAGUAGAAUCACAGAGAACAGACGUCCAUCUUCAGCAUUCAACUUGUGUAAAAAUCUAACGGAUUCGAAGGUAGUUGGG